UUCUGGUGCUCCUUGAAUGUAUUAAAUAAUUGUAUCUUCAAAAAUUGUCAACACCAUUACCAAAUUUGAGAUUUAUAGGAAAUGCAGGUAUCCCAAACUAAUCACAUUACAAAAGGCUGAAUUAAAGCAUGUUUAUCUUGUGGGACUUCUAUUUUGCUUUUUGUAAUUUCUUGCUCUUUUGUUGCUUCUGUUCAGGUAAACUGAAGAAAUGAUGCAUAUGCAGAAGACCAAUCCAAACUUGUUCAGCUUAAAGGGUUUUUUCUGGCUUUGUCUCUUUGAACUUCUGCAUAGUAAUUCAAGUACUCCCAGUCAAAAAUUAAGUGUUGUAGUCCAAGAAGGAGAUGAAGCCAGACUUCCUUGCAGUCACAAAACCCCUGGAGGCUCAUCUCUAGGAUAUUACUUCAUCUACUGGCAAAUGCCUAUGCCUGGUGGUCUGUCAGACCGGGUUGUGAUUUCAUACAAGAACGGUGAAGAAGUUGAAUCAGAAAAGGACAGCUCUUACAUGAACAGAUCAAAGAUAGAUAAGAAUUUUACACUUUCAAUCGCCUCGGUGACAGUAAAUGAUAGUGGAGAAUAUAAAUGUGUUGCCUUAUGGCCAAAUAACGUACAAACAUUAUUUGUCCAUUUAUCUGUAAUAGUUCCAUUUAGUACACCUAUUAUCCUGAGCAAUUUGUCCAGCAAUUUGUCCAGUGAACGUUGUGACUCAACAAAUUUGACACUGAUAUGUUUGUCUCAUGGAGGUUCUUCAGAGCCAAAGAUGUAUGGAUCUAUCAAUGAAAAGCCAGUGAAUUGGACUGUCACAAGCAACAAAAUAUUUGGUUGUUUUAAUAUUACUGGCACCUUGCAGUUAAGCACGAGAGAAAAUAUAUUGAUCCAGUGCUCAGUUCAUUAUUUAGAUUUCCAAGUGUCAACCAACUAUAGCUUGAAUAUGACAAAUAACUGUUCUGAACCAACAUUGCCACCAUUGAUUUUACCUUUUUGGGUCCUUAUUUCUUCAAUAGUGAUCCUGGUUUUCUUUCUAGCCGGAGUAAUGCUAGGAAUACUCCAAUGCUAUGUUCACAAGCAUCCAAGGUCCACCACACAUAAGUCACUGGCAACAGAUGAAAUGGGACUCGAGGAACAAUCUAGUGGGCAGAAAUCUUCAAUGUUGGGGAGGUAAGCUUGGUGCUCUGCACUAUCCUCUUAAACAAAUGAAAAUAGAACUGAGUUGGAAAUAGCCCAUUUCAAUUUCGCCUUGCACCUAUAAGCUCUUCACAGAAGAUGCCCCCAGUUUCCAUAAACUCAUUUGAAAGAAAGGAGCCCAACAUCACUCUUGCUAACUAUUGUCAAACUGUUUUUACAAGUUUAUUUUACUAUUCAAAUCGCACAUCAUACAAGCCAAUACAGUUAAUAGUUGAUGUGUAGGAGUAGGUGUUAACUCAAGCUCAAGGUUAUUUCAGGUACUGAAUACACUGAAUCAAAACCUUUCUGAAUAAUUUUAUGAAAUUUGGAUAGGUGAAAGGAAUAUUUGAAUCCUGCUUACAUUUUAUCCAUAGUUUGGACAUCAGGUUCCUGAAUGUGCUCCUGACCACAGUAGUGUAAAUCUUAGAACCUUAGAAUUUUGCUCUUUUCAACUCUCCAGUUAUAAUUUUAUUUAUUUUAUUUAUUCAUUUAUAUCCUUCCUUCCUUUCCUCCUCCUCCCUCCUCCUCUCUACACCCCCCCCCCACACACACAGUAUAACUUUUAUCCAUGUAAGAUAGGAAAAGUUUUGUUAAGAAUUAUUUUUUAACACAAAAACACAUAUAGGUGAAAGGGUUAGACAUAUCUGUUACUGGCUUUAUCAACAUUUCCAUUUCCAAGAACGGUAGCAAUAUUUUAAAAUUAACUUUAAAAGAAAAACAAUCUGAAUUCCACAACAUGCCUAAAUAAUGUUUCAUUUCCAAUAAAAACGGAGUCAAGUAAAAACAAAUAGAGAAGUGAGUUUUGACCCCACUUAUAAAUCUUUGUUUCCUUCCUCCGAGUUUUUGUUAGUGAGUAUUUAAAAGAGGAGAGAUAUUUAUUAAAGUUUUACACAGUAUUAUACCCCUUGCAUUAUUGCAGACUUUGAAGGUUAAUGGGAACAUUCCAUACCUAUGAAAUUAUUAGUCACAUUAAAUGUGAAAUCACGUAACAUCUUGUGUUAUUAUAUUAGUUAUUCAAGGUUUUUUCCACUGAAUUUGCAACAAACUCAUUUCUUCAUGUAUUUUACAUUCUUUUUUGUAUUCUCAGAUCUCCACCCUGAUUUUGAGUUGCAGCUCCCACUUAUUUUGGUAAGAGAUUCUGAUAUUGAGGUGGGAUGAAGAAUUCUCCUAACAGAAUUUAAUGGCGACUAUAAACCACAAACAUAUUUGAAGAUUUCCCUUUACAUACAUGAAGAAGAUGGAUAUCUUUGUGUGGAUUUGGACGCUAAUCAGGACUGCAUCUGAGAAAGUCUUAAAUGACAAGUUGUAGACAAAAUUAUAUGGUAGUUGUAGUCCUGUUCGAAGAAGUCAGUUUUCAAGUUUGAAAACAAGAUUGGAAAACCGGGGGGGG